AUGUCGUGCCCCAGUUGUUUUAGUGGUCAUGUCCACCAGGGCACUCCGCGUGGUGAAGUCACCUCUCUCCAUGGCUUACAGGCCUACACGACCAGACCCCCGAACGAGGUACCUCACCGGGGUAUUAUCAUCAUAGUGCCCGACGCGUUCGGUUGGGAGUUCGUGAACAAUCGAGUCCUGGCCGACAACUACGCCGAAAAGGGGAAGUACCUCGUUUACCUUCCUGAUUUCAUGAACGGACACGCGGCCCCAGUCGGCAUGUUGUCUUCUACAAAGGAGUUGUUGAAAACGAGGGGACUCAUAACCUGGCUUCUGAAGCCGUACUAUUUAGUCUCCACGCUGGCAAGAUUUCUGCCCUUCGCGUACUACAAUACCUUCGAGGCAUCAUGGCCUGUCGUCAGGGACUUCUUCAAGUUCGUGCGUGAGAACGAAGGAGCCGAGCUUCCCAUAUACGGAGCUGGGUUCUGCUGGGGCGGAAAGCAUAUCGUCAAUCUAGGCGCCGGAGUGGACAUCGCCUCAAAUGGGAAACCGCUGCUUAAUGCUGGUUUUACAGGCCAUCCGAGUAAGCUCGAGAUCCCUAGCGAGAUUGAGAAGAUCAAGAUUCCUGUUAGCUUUGCUCUCGGGGACAAAGAUGGAGUUUUGAAACUUCCACAAAUUGAGCAGAUCAAACAAGUCUUCGCCAGCGAGUCCGGUGCCGGGAAAGGAGAAGUGGUGGUGUAUGAGGGCGCUGGCCAUGGCUUUUGUGUCAGGGCUGAUUUGGUUUUGGAUGAUACGAGUAAACAAGCUGAUGAAGCGGAGAAUCAGGCACUGGCCUGGUUUGAAAAGUAUUGA